AUGAGGUUGCUGAUCGCCUUUGCGACUGUGUUGGCCGUUGCUUCGGCACAGACAGCAGCUGACAGAUUCCCGGAUGACUUCAUGUUUGGAGCUGCGACAGCCGCUUAUCAAAUCGAAGGAGCCUGGAAUGAAGAUGGGAAGGGAGAGAACAUUCAAGACUACCUUUUCCACAACCACCCAGAAUAUACAACAGGAGACACAGGGGACGUCGCUUGCGAUUCUUACCACAAGUACAAGGAGGACGUGCAGAUGCUGAAGGCCAUCAAUGCGAACGUAUACCGUUUUUCGAUUUCCUGGUCACGUGUGUUGCCUACUGGGGAUGUGGACGUUAUCAACCAGCCUGGUAUCGACUAUUACAACAACCUCAUCAACGAGCUGCUCGCCAACGGAAUUCAGCCAAUGGUGACUAUGUACCAUUGGGAUCUUCCUCAACCACUGCAGUACAUCGGAGGCUGGCCCAACGAGUUGCUUGCAGACUACUUCGUUGAAUACGCCAGGGUACUGUUUGAAAACUUCGGAGACAGGGUGAAAUGGUGGGUCACGUUCAACGAGCCAGCUACCUUCGUGCAUGGCUACACAACUUUGGGAAUGGCUCCUUCUCAGCCCGCCAAAGGAAUUGGCGACUACCUGGCGGCACACACCAUCAUCAAAGCCCACGCUCGCGUCUGGCACCUGUAUGAUGAGCAGUUCAGAGCUUCGCAGAAUGGUAGCGUGGGAAUUACGCUUAAUAUGGAAGGGCUUGAGCCAAUGACGAACUCGACAGAGGAUGUAGAAGCUAGUGAAAGAGCACGACAGUUUCAGCUGGGUCUCUACGGACACCCUAUCUACACUCAGAGUGGUGAUUAUCCGGCAGUGGUGCGACAGCAAGUGGAUGGCAACAGUGAGGCUGAAGGACGACCCCGAUCAAGGCUGCCAACAUUCACACAGGAAGAGGUCGAGUACAUUAGGGGUUCAGCGGACUUCUUUUCAAUAAACCACUACAACACGACUUUCGUGACGCCAGGACUCACGGGCGAUUCACCUUCCAAACUGCGUGACAUGGCUGUAAUUAGAUCAGAGGAUCAGCAAUUACCUUGGGGAUUUCGGAGUCAGCUAAACUGGAUUGCCAACGAAUACCCAGGAUAUCAAAUCAUGAUAACAGAGAACGGUCUCUACAAUAACGGAGGAAGGAACGACACUGAUCGCAUCGCUUACUUUCAUGCAUACCUUGGAGCUGUACUGGAGGCGAUACACAUUGACGGUGUUCCGAUUAUCGGAUACACAGCUUAUGGUCUCAUGGACAACCUGGAAUUUAACAUGGGAUUCACACGUAAGACUGGGCUGUACGAGGUGGAUUUUAGCAGCCCAAACCGGACAAGGACGCCCAAGGCAUCGGCCUUCUUCAUGGCAGAAGUCUUUAGCAGCAAGCAGCUGCCAGACCCGUACAACCUGUAG